UGAAGAUAUUAUCAUUACGGUUCUUCACUAUGACUUUCCUCAUCUACCUUCUGACAAGGAUUGACUUGCUGCUGUGCUUUACAACAUGUGUUGUAUUAUUUUUGUACUGGAUCAAUGGAUCUAAGAAGAGCAAUGGAAAGAUGCCUCCAGGUCCUAAACCUUUUCCUUUAAUUGGGAACCUCAAUCUGGUGAACUUGAAAAAGCCACACGAGUCACUAAUGGAGCUCUCUGAAAAGUAUGGAGAAAUCUUCACUGUACACUUUGGACCUAGAAAGAUUGUGGUGAUCGCGGGAUACAGUGCUGUGAAGGAUGCCCUGGUCAACCGAGCUGAUGAUUUUGGAGAAAGAGCCGAUGUACCAAUCUUCAAGCUUUUAUUUAAAGAAAGAGGUAUAACAUUUAGUAAUGGAGAACUUUGGAAAGCUUUAAGGAGGUUCGCACUCUCAACCCUUCGAGACUUUGGAAUGGGGAAGAAAACAAUAGAAGCCAAAAUACAAGAUGAAUUUAUUGCUCUUAUAGACAAUUUCAAGUCACACAAUGGGAAGCCAUUUGACACAAACAUCAUAAUGAACAGCGCAGUGUCUAAUGUCAUCUGCUCUAUAAUGUUUGGGAAAAGGUUUGAAUAUGAUGACCCAGUGUUUAAAAAAUUAAUUGAAAUGUUUGGUGAAAAUGCCAAGCUGGUAGGCACUCCCAAGAUUAUGAUAUAUAACUACUUUCCUCGCAUAUCGGCUUUUCUUGGCAUGCAUAAUAAAGUCGAGCAAAACACAAAGGAUGUUUGUGAGUUUAUUUCAAAACGCAUUAAAUAUCAUAAAAAGGAGUUUGAUACAAAUGCUAUCUCUGGAUAUCUUGAUGCAUACCUUAUGAAGCAGGAGUCAGCCAAAGCUGAAAAGUACUUUGAUGAUGAAAAUCUGCUCCACUCAGUUCUGGAUCUCUUUGCAGCAGGGACAGAGACAACAUCUACAACACUACGCUGGAGCAUUUUAUUGAUGAUGAAGUAUCCAGAAAUACAAAAAAAGGUACAAGAGGAAAUACGGACACAUAUUAAACAAGGUCAUUUGCCUACAGUGGAUGAUCGGAGGAAUAUGCCUUAUACUGAAGCAGUAAUACAUGAAAUUCAGAGGUUUGCUAAUGUUGUGCCUCUGAAUUUGUCACACACAACUCCAAGUGAUGUGUAUUUUCGGGGAUACUGCAUUCCAAAGGGUACAGAGGUCAUUCCUUUCCUUACAUCUGUUUUGUAUGACAAGACACAAUGGAAGACUCCUUAUGAAUUUAACCCAAAUCACUUUUUGGAUGCUAAUGGGAAGUUUGUAAAACGAGAUGCAUUUAUGCCCUUCUCUGCAGGAAGAAGAGCUUGUGUUGGAGAAGGUUUAGCCAGAAUGGAACUUUUCUUGUUUUUUACUGGCCUUCUGCAAACCUUCACAUUCUACCCACCUCCUGGAGUCUCCAGAGAAGAUAUCAAUCUGAAGCCAGGGAUUGGUUUCACUUUAGUCCCUAUGCCACACCUAGUAUGUGCAAAGCUGAAUUAUGAAUGAAGGACAGCUAAAGGCAGCACUUUUGUUUUGUAAACUAUGCAUUUUAACUGUUAUGCUUUGAUAUACACUUUGAAUAUAACUUUUGUACUUUUAAAGAUGCAAUAGUAAAACUGUUAAGAAUCAG